AUGUCAUUUGUACAACAACAUCAACAACAAAAUAACAAUAAUAAUAAUAACAAUCUUUAUAUUCAAUUAAUUCAAUUAUUAGACGUCAAUGAAAAUGGACGACUUGUUCUCCCAUUUUCUGGUCGACUCAUUCUUAUUGAUCGUCCAUUUGAAAAUAAUCAUGAAAAUGAUAAUGAAGACCAAAAUGAAACAUCAGUCGAUGAUUAUAAUGUAGAAUCUGAAUUCUCAUCAUCAAUGUCCGACGAUUAUUUUUUAACUGAUGAUGAGAAUAAUGAUGAUAAUAAUGAAGAUAAUGGAUCAUAUAUAUCAUUGUCUUUACCACCAUCACCAUUUGCUUAUGAUCCAUUCGAUUCCUAUGACUGGGAAUCUUAA